AUGGCGUUACCUGGCAAGCUUCGGGUGACUGGGCUAUCUGCAGCCUUCUUUGCACUGGCAUUGCUCGCCAUCGGAUGCACGUGUGCCGUGGUUGCCUUGGUGGGCGUAUGGUGGAAGGGCGCGUUGCGCGGCACGGUUGCUGGCCUUGCUUCGGCACACGGUGACUUGAGCCUUUGGACUUUCGCUACGAGUGCUGACCUCCCUGAAGGCAGUCUGACCUCCAAGUCUAUACACUUGGAUUCGACAGUGCUGUGUGGUGGCGCAAGCUUUGCUGUGAGGGCCGAGGAGAUCUGCUCUGGGAUUCAGACAACACGUGCGCUUGUUGGUGCUGCUGUUGCCUUUGCAGUCGUUGCGGUGCUGGCUGCCCUACUCUCGUUCGUAGCAAUGCUGAACUGCGGCGGCAAGCUCGACCUCACGAUGGGGACAAGGUUGCUUUUGCCGUGCAGUGGCAUGGCAGUGGUUGCUUCUGGGCUCAUGAUCGGUGCUGUGGUCACGGGUGCAGUGGCGGGGCACGCGAUGGGCCUGGGCGAUUUUGGCACCCUGAGCUAUGCCAUGGGAGCCGGAGUGUACGGUGCGAUCUUCCAAAUCAUCGCUAACCUUCUCGGAGCUGCCUUGGCUACCUCGGCUUGGCCCAGGGCUGAGCUUUGA